UAAAAUGUUUGUUAGGAAUUAGAUUGAUUGUGAUUAGUUUAUUACCGUAAUUAUCUCUUCUCUGUGUACUAUGUAUAGGGGUGGUCUCCAGUUUGAAUGUAAGGAAUAUUGACUAUCUUACAUGGUAUCAACCUUCUGGCUUUGAUUUCGAUCCAGCCACCUCCAUCCGUUCUUCACCUUCUUGUUCUUCACUACCACCAUGACCGACAAAACCGAUCCCAAAAACCAAACCUCCACCCUUCACCUGGUUUACACCGUAACCAACAUUCAACAUAAAGUCCGUGUCCUCGACGGCGUCGAGGUUUCAUACCCCACGUGGGUUAAACUCUUCACCCUCCACGCCACCGGCUACGAGGUUACGAACCACAUUGACAGCUCGCUGUCACCCGAUAAAGCUUCCCCGGAAUAUCCCGCUUGGAAAAAGAUUGACGCCGUUGUCUUACAGUGGAUAUACGGCACGCUCACGAAUGAUUAUUUGGUUCGCGUUUUGGAGGAUGAAUCUACCGCUCAUGAGGCGUGGGUUCGGGUCAAAAACCUGUUUCUAAACAACAAGGCAUCCCGAGCCGCCGCCUUACAGCAGGAACUCUCAAAUCUCACCCUCGCAUCCAUGCCUAACCUGGAAGCCUAUUGCCAGCGGGUACGAGAUCUCACGGAUCAACUCGCUGCUGUGGAUUGUCCCCUUAACAACACACAAAAAAUUCUGCAUCUGAUUAAAGGUCUUCCUCGUGAGUACGACACCGCGACCUCAAUCCUCAAUCAGAACCUACCCACUUGGGAAAAUGCGUGCAAUCAACUUCACUCCGAGGCACAACGUAUUGCGGCUCGUGAUGCACUGUCUCCAACUCCCGUAGUGGCUGCGGCAAUCAGUUCUCCACAGGAAAAAUCCCGUGAACAACAACCUUCCUCGAACCGGGAUCGUCGCUCUUACAAUCGGGACUCUCAUCCUCGUCGUGAUUCAAACCGUACGGGUCGCAACAACCAGCGAGGAUCCGGGCAGACAUCAAACAGGUCGUACUCAUUUCAGCAGCCACAGUAUGCUCCAUAUUGGCCUCCGCCACUUGGUUAUCCACCUUACUGGGCACCGCCCCCUUGCCCCUACCCGACGCGACCUUGGGCUUCCCCAGUAGACAACCGGCCCAACUCUCGGCCCUCCAACGGCCAAGGUUCCUCCCGACAGCAAUCGGCCCAGGCCCAUAUCAUCGAAACUGACCCGCUCGAGCCCACUCAGUUAGCGGCAGCGGUUAAUGCACUUUCCAUGGAUUCCGGCGGUGAUCAGUGGCAUUUCGAUUCAGGAUUUCAAGGAUGGCACGGUCCUGAGUCGUCACAACAGUUCUAGUGAACUUUAUCCACUCACUCCACCUGCUUCCGCAACCGCCUGCUUUGCUUCGACUAAAGACUCUCCGUUUUGGCAUGAUCGGCUUGGACACCCGGGUCGACCCGUUAUGGAGUUUCUUAAUUCUAAGCAUUUUAUUUCUAGUUCUAAAAUAAAGACUCCACCUGUUUGCGAGUCGUGUCAAUUGUCCAAACAUAAACGGUUACCAUUUUCAGAUUCUACUACAAGUACUCUGUUACCUUUUACUAUUUUGCAUUGUGAUUUGUGGACUUCUCCGAUCGUGAGUCAUGCAGGUUAUAAGUACUAUAUGGUUUUAACGGACGAUUACACACAAUAUACAUGGGUAUACCCGUUAAAAUUUAAAUCCGAAACUUUCACAAAAUUCACUCACUUUCACAACUUCGUCAAAACACAAUUUAAUCUCCCAAUUAAAUCUUUCCAAUGCGACAUGGGAAGCGAAUUUGAUAACACCAACUUUAAAAAUUUCACAACUCAAAACGGUAUUCAAUUCGGUUUUCUUGCCCUCAUACGUCUCAACAAAACGGCAAAUCCGAGCGCAUGAUUCGUCGUAUUAACGAAAUUAUGUUUGCUCUCCUCACCCAUGCUCGCCUUCCAUCCACUUUUUGGGUCGAGGCUUUACACGCGGCUUCUUACCUCCAUAAUAUUCUACCCACCAAACUCCAUCAAAAUCGAACUCCUACUUCCCUGUUAUACCUCCGUCAACCUUCCUACGACCAUCUACGUGUAUUUGGUUGUUUGUGUUAUCCCAACCUUCAUCCACUCACCCUCACAAACUUGCGUUUCGUUCCACUCCGUGUGUCUUUCUCGGUUAUCCGGCUAAUUACCGCGGGUAUCGAUGCCUUGACAUCGCCACCGGUAAAACCAUUUUCUCACGACACGUAAUUUUCGAUGAAACCAAGUUUCCGUUUGCCAACCCAUCUAAAUCGCCACCGUCACAUUCGUUUCUCGACCCCUCACCUCUUAUCUUUACCCAACCUAUCUCUACCCCAAACGGCCCAACAACUGCUACAACCCAACCUCACGGCCCAACACCUUCAACCCCACAUGGCCCAAACCCAUCCUCUCCUACCGGCCCACAGCAGGUUCUCGAACCCAAUACCCCAGGCCCAUCUACAAACGCUGGCCCUGUUUCCCAUCCUUCUAUCCUCGGCCCACACCCCACAUCAGGCCCAUCUUCCACAAACCCACUUUCUCCACACCAACAGAGCCCGUUUCCUGUUGACACUCCCGUUGACAUUCAACAACCUCCACCGGCUGUCCCUAUACCGACCCACCCCAUGCAAACCCGGUCACAAUCCGGGAUCUUUAAACCCCGUCAACCCAUGUCUCUAAACACUCUCACCUCACCACCCAUCUCUCCGUUACCAAAAUCACAUCUCGCUGCCCUCUCGGACCCGAACUGGAAAAACGCCAUGACAAACGAAUAUGAAGCUCUAUUGGCAAAUAAUACGUGGGAAUUAGUACCGCGUCCAAUUGACGCGCCUAUUAUUCGGUGUAUGUGGCUCUUCAAACAUAAAUUUCAUGCCGAUGGAACCUUAGAACGACACAAAGCUCGACUUGUCGUUAAUGGUAAAAGUCAAACCGUGGGCAUCGAUUGUGACGAGACAUUCAGUCCGGUGGUCAAACCCACCACGAUUCGCACCGUCUUAAGUCUCGCUCUCUCAAAAGGGUGGUCGAUUAAUCAACUUGACGUCAAAAAUGCUUUUCUCCACGGUCAUCUUAAAGAAACGGUCUAUAUGUUUCAGCCUCCGGGGUUUACUUCCGCGACACAUCCGAAACAUGUUUGCAAACUUACUCGUUCUCUCUAUGGCCUUAAACAAGCACCACGUGCUUGGUACCAACGGUUCGCAGGCUACGUAUCUCGGUGUGGUUUCAAAAGUAGCACAUGUGCCACAUCCUUGUUUGUGUAUAAGAAAGGAGAUCAAAUGGCCUAUUUGUUGUUAUAUUUCGAUGACAUAAUCCUCACAGCCUCAAGCCCUUCACUGUUAAACAGCAUCAUCAAGUCUCUUUCUACCGAGUUUAACAUGACCGACCUUGGUUCGUUACACCACUUUUUAGGCAUAGCAGUUCAACAACAAAAGAAUGGUUUGUUUCUUUCUCAGUCCACUUAUGCCACAGAUAUAUUAUCACGAGCAAAAAUGCUGAAUUGUAAACCCGCUAGUACACCUAUUGAGGCAGGUUCAAAGUUAAGUGCCAUGACUGGCAAUCCCUUUUCAGACAGUUCACUUUACAGGAGCUUGGCUGGGGCUUUGCAAUACCUUACUAUCACACGGCCGGACAUCUCGUAUGCGGUUCAGCAAAUAUGCCUUUUCAUGCAUUCUCCUCGCGAGCCGCACUUUCAACUGCUGAAACGGAUCCUACGUUACAUCAAAGGCACUUUAUCACAUGGUCUCCUCAUAUCACCGUCCUCGUCUACAACAUUGACUGCCUAUUCUGAUGCAGAUUGGGGCGGGUGUCCCGACACUCGUCGGUCAACUUCGGGUUACUGCGUCUUCAUGGGAGGUAACCUCGUUUCUUGUUCUUCAAAACGUCAACCUACGAUCUCUCGGUCCAGCGCCGAGGCUGAAUAUCGUGGAGUUGCCAACGCAGUAUCCGAACUCAGCUGGAUCCGUAAUCUCCUUCUCGAGCUCCACGUACCGGUUAGACAUGCUUCCAUUGUUUAUUGUGAUAACAUUUCUGCAGUAUAUCUAGCCGAAAACCCAGUACAACAUCAACGAACAAAACAUAUAGAGCUGGACAUUCAUUUUGUUCGCGAGAAAGUCCAUCUUGGCACGAUCAAAGUUCUACAUGUUCCGACCGACUAUCAAUAUGCGGACAUUUUUACUAAGGGAUUACCGAAACAACUAUUCCAACGUUUUCGAUCCAGUUUAUGCUUCAGCUCACCUACGGCUUCAACUGCGGGGGACUGUUAGCCGAUAAUAUCUCCCGAUAUUAUUGGCAUGAAUAUUUUGUAUAUUUGUAUAAAAUGUUUGUUAGGAAUUAGAUUGAUUGUGAUUAGUUUAUUACCGUAAUUAUCUCUUCUCUGUGUACUAUGUAUAGGGGUGAUCCCCAGUUUGAAUGUAAGGAAUAUUGACUAUCUUACAGAGUUUUGGUGAUUGAUUACCCA